AUGUUUAAUUCAACCCGUCUUAAAGUUCAACUCAAACUAUGCAUUAACCGUCUGAAGAUGUUACAGGCGAAAAAGACAUCGCUCAAUCAACAUAAUCGUCGAGAAAUUGGACAAUUGUUGGAAAAAGGAAAGGAAGAAAGUGCCCGUAUUCGAGUAGAGCAUAUUAUCCGUGAUGACAUGUUAAUAGAAGCAAUGGAAAAUAUUGAACUCUAUUGUGAUUUACUGUUGGCAAGAUUUGGAUUAUUAGAGACUUACAAGAACUGCGAGAAAAGUAUUGCUGAAGCAGUGAACACAAUUAUAUGGGCAGCACCAAGAUUGGAUGAAGUGAAGGAAUUAGCUCUUGUCAGAGAUCAGUUAGCCUCCAAAUUUGGAAAAGAAUUUAUGAUGCAAGCUUUAGAAAACGAAGACGACAGAGUGAACCCAAAGAUUGUCAUGAAACUGCAACCAGAUGCACCAGAUCCUUUCCUUGUUGAGCGAUAUCUGGAAGAAAUCGCUCGGAUAUUGAAUAUUGACUGGAAAUCUGAUAAAAUUGAUCAUGAUGAAGAUAAUGACAACGGAUCAGAGGGUAGUGGCGGUGGAUUGGAAGAGUUACUUGAGGAAGAAGGAAAGACAGAAGCAGAGUUAUUGCCGCCUUUACAAAACCCACCCAGCAGUAACAUUUAUAUACAACCAGAAACUACUGCAUUUGAUUUGCCUGAAAUACCAACGAACACGCUGCUGAAUAAAAAGUCAACACCAUCGUCUUCUAACACAGGCAUAAAGCCAACUAACGAUAAUAACGAUGAUUUUGAUGCUCAAAACGACGACCUAGAAGGAGAGGCGACUGAGCCAGAAGCCAGUCAACCAGAAAUACAACAACACCAAAAUUUAGCAGUUGAUGAUGCCACAUUUCAAUCGACAUCGGUUGCAUUGAUUGAGAAACUCCUGCAGUUCAGCUCACCAAGGCUCGACUCGAAGAUAGUAAAUGUUCUAUUUCUUGAAGGCAUGAUGGAUAUAUUCAUGUCCCAUAUCACUCAACUCCAUCCAAAUGAUAUAAUUCCUGGUACAAUGAUUCAACCUCCCAUCGAGGAAUCCAAAGUUGUUCACCUACUUGAAAACAGCGAUUUCAAGACUAAAUUACAACUGUCACUCCACCCACGCGACCGCCACGACCAUGAAGCGAUGAAGCGAUCCUAUUUUGCCAUGGAACUACUUUCAGGAACGACCGCCAAUCACUUAUGGGUGCAAAAUGCGAAAUUAGACACAAUUGUACAUCAUCUCUUUCGAGUUUUCUAUCCACACUCACAUGGCAAUUUGCACCAUUUUCAUCGCAUUUUUAGCCAUUUAGUACGCCGACACCCUUGUGAGUUGUUGGAUUUUGUCAUAUUACAAAACAAAGCAUCGGUUCUUUUCAGUUACUUGCUACCUUAUUUGCACCACAGUGUUGUGAUGGAUUCCAUCCUCAGCCUGAUUUUUGUGAGAGAUAUUAACAAAGAAACAAAGAAAGAACGGCUAAAGAGUUAUCGAGUGUUGAAUGAAGUAGGAUUAGUGGACUGGUUAUUUCUGAUAAGAUUGAUAGAAGAAGCAAGCCAAGUGGAGUUUGGCGAUGUCUUAUUCAGCAAAUGCUUUUCAGAGAAGGAGGAGAACAAUAUCAUGAAAUUAUUAGUAGAUCAAAUAGCUUUCAACGCCAAAAGAAAGAGAUACAAACGUGAUACAGCCCUAACUGCGAGACGACAGAGAACAAUUUCUAUACUUAAACUUUUUGUAAAAAGUGGAACGUUAACUGCGAAAGCAUCUACCAUGUCACAGCCUGUGCAGGGGCCUCUUUACACGGUCUCCUUGAAAGCACAAAAAUUACUCAUUGACCAUGUCCCGGCUAUCUGUUCUAUGCUUGUUCAAGAGCGCGACACCAAACAGUAUCCGUUGACAGCUACGGAUAUAAAUCUGUUAGAUAUUGUUUACACCAUACUUGUUGAUGCCACCCAUACCAGUUUUAGUGACGAAUAUAUUGCCACUCCAGAACAAAUUCACAUUUUAUCUUCGAUACCCAGUGGAUUCUGGAAACUGCUCGUUCAGUCUUUCUUUGAAAAAUCCAAGCAAUGCUUGAUUCCAAGAAUGAUAGACGCAUAUGAAGCAUUGAUUCCGUCGGAAAAUGGGGGGUUCAUACUUCUCAUACUGAAUCAAUUACGGCUGUUAGCAGAUUAUCAACAACAAGUAGUUAGCGAUGGUAACUUUGCACUCAGAUUGCUGACAAAUCACAAAUAUCAGAAUUUUGUUCCAACGUUGAGGAAGGAUACCCUUUUGCAAGUGCAGGGAUCAGAAAAAGCAAUGAAAUCAUGGAAAUUGAAUGCCUGCCCAAAACCGCCACCGCAUUUGGGUCCUUCGCCUCCCAUUCAACAACCUCUGACAGCUCAAUACUUUUCGCCUUACUCGAUAGCAAGCUCAACCAUACCAUUAAUGUUAAACGACGAUGAUCCUAGUGAGAACGAUGUGAAGAACGGAAUAGAUUUAGGCAGUGAUUUCGCCUAUUGCUUGGGGUUCAAAUAUGCACCAACAAUAUCCAGUAAUAGCAACUCUUGUACAACAGCGUCUUCUACAAAGAACGAUAACAACAUCUUGGUACCUUCACUAACAGCAGAUGAUGAUGCUAAUAAUGCAGAAGAUGAAGAGCAAGGCUUCCCAAUGGAUAUAAUAUGGAAAUAUGACGAUUACGACUGCCCCCUUUGUAUGGAAGAGUUGGAUAUCGCCGAUAAGAAUUUUAAGCCAUGUCCUUGUGGUUACAAAGCAAGUAUUUCAGAUAGUUACUAUUAUCGUAAAUCCACGAUAUGCCGUUUCUGUUGGCAUCAUAUUCGUGAAAAUUUAAAUGGUCUUUGUCCCGCUUGUCGCAGAGAAUAUUCUGAAAAGAUUGCAGAGUUUGAACCUAUUAGUACAGAUGAAAUUGCUAGGAUCAAGCGAGAAAAGAAAGAAAAAGAAAGACAGCAAAGAGAUAUGGAUUUGGCAAACAGACGCCAUCUAGCUAACAUGCGGGUGGUGCAAAAAAAUCUGAUCUACGUCAUUGGUCUUCAUCCAAAAUUAGCUACAGAGGAGAUCGUUCGCUCUCAAGAUUACUUUGGUCACUUUGGGAAAAUUGCCAAGAUUGUUAUCAACAAACGUCAAACUGCUCCUACUUCCAAUGCUAAUGGCACUACGACAUUGCAAGCAAGUGCAGCAGUUUACAUUACUUAUGUAAGGAAGGAAGAUGCCACUAAAGCCCUUCAUGCCGUAGAUGGCAGCGUUGUAGCCGGUCGUAUUCUGAAGGCUUCUUAUGGCACAACCAAAUACUGUACUUUCUAUUUACGAAACAUGGCAUGUCCAAAUCCUAUUUGUUUAUAUUUACAUCAACCAGGAGAAGAUGCAGAUACAAUGUCGAAAGAAGAAUUCUUGACUGUCAAACACCGAGAUCAAAUGCAUUCCCAUCAGUACAGUGACAGUGAAAAGCGAUUAUCAAGUUCAGCACAGCAAUCUGUCAGUAAUAAUCGUAGUAGUAACGUUGUUCCCAAUACUCACUCUUUUCACCCCACCACGCAGCACAAUAGUGGCGCUAAUGGCAAUAACAAUAGCUCCGCUUUACCAACUACUGCAUCUUGGGGAAGCGGCUCACCUUUGAUGGUAAAGAAACUAUCAACAGACGGAUGUGGUGCUGAUGCUAUCUAUAUUACAUCUGAUACAUUUGGACCACCUUUAUCAGUAGCAGUAGCUACUCAGCAGCAGCAAUCAUCAGUAGCUGUCCAGCAAAAACCAUCAAAACGAAAAUCCGAAAAGAAAAAACGCAAAGACCAACAAAAAUUAAGCCAGAAAGAUAAAGAACAAUUCGAAAAG